CGCAUCGUUCCUUGUGCAGGGCUCUGUGUUAACGACGCAAGAGGAAGAAGGUUACGAAAUCGUGGCAAGGUGUACAGUCUGUGUGAAACUGCAUUCCCGAUGACCAUGUGUCACGUCACACACGCCACAGUGACUGAGUAACGCAUUUGCUGCCGAAGCGAAUGGCAUGGUCAUGAUAUGAUGUGAAGGAAUUUGGAUCGUGCGAACUUUGUGCAAACAGUCAUACACUGUACGCGCGCGUAAUCUAUCAGUUGCGGUGUGAUAAGCUGUGAAUAGUCGUCCCGACGAGCCGUGCACAUCCGUUGAAACGAAUUUCGUUCCUCUUAUUCUCGCAGGACAAACUUUGACCCCACCGAUUUUUCGUUAAGCAGAAAAGUUACGAGGAAGGACGAGAACUCUUCUGUGUCUGUGCGCAUCAUCACCUUUGUUCAUCUCCUCUUCUCCUACUCAUCCCAUCGCCUAGUCUCUGUUUCUCGCGCGCCAGCAUCGAACUACUUGGCUCGGAACAAAAUCGAAAACGUCGAGCGAAGCUCGGCCAGCGGAGCUGAAAGGGAUGCAAUCAAAGUGGGCUUGUAUACUACUUAAUCUAGUCGUUUACGCCAUCGCUUCACUGGAAGAUGAGAACACUAGGGCCUUCAUACAGUUAACCGAAUUGGAUUACGAAGACACUUGCUCAGCCUCAGCCGAAGCUGAAUGGGAAUUCAUUAAUUCACCAACGCACAAAACCUUGCUGUCAUGGGAAGACAAAUUGUUAUCUUACGCCCGAUUUAAGAACUUGCAACGGGAAGAGAUACGAAAUAAUUCGAAAGACGCUAUCGCUGACCCACCUUUGAAAUAUAAAUACGAUGUUGCUGAAAAGAUAGGCGAUGCUCUACUAGAUGAUGAACACCUCAAAACACUUGUUCACUUCGCUGGGGAAACCGAGCUGCUGAGGCUGAGUAAGGUUCACAAGGAACCUUUAUACAACCACACUAAGAAAGAUGUGGAACAGAUACUGUCUAGUAGUAACGAUGCCAAGAACAAGAGCUCCGUUUGGAAUUUAUGGCACGAAGAGCUAACUCCAGCUUCGUUGGUUAAAAACUUCUCCAUGGUUCUUCCACUUGUCGACACAGCAGCCAAAGCAAAUGAUGCCGAAAGCAUCGAAGAAUAUUGGGAGCUCUUGAGCGGAUAUACCAACGGUUAUGAUCUAAUUAAGAGUGAAUGGAGUAGAAUAGAGGGUCUUCAUAAGAAAAUAUUAAAAUUCGCCAUUACAACUUUAUCUCAGAAAUAUAAAAUUAACAUGAACGGCACGAUACCAGCUCAUUUACUUGGUUCAUUACAAGGAAGCGACUGGACGCCUAUAUCGAUCGAUGUAACACCUCACCCAGACGUCAUGUACAAUAUAAAAAAGAACCUCUGGAAGCAGAAACUUCUUGGGAAAUCUAUGUACAAAACCGCUUCCGCUAUGAGUUCGCAAAUAUUAAGUCAAGUACCGCAGGCCAAUUUCUGGAAAGAAAGUAAUUUCAAUGGACAAUGUCCAUCAAGAUUGAUUAAUUUCUGCAGAGAUGUUGAUCUGAGAGUGUCCACGUGCUUCGAGCCUAGCAUAAAUAAUUUCCUCGCCGCUCACAAGGACGUAGGGAAAAUCGUAUUUAAUCAAUUAUCUGCCGAGGAUACUCCAGUCCUGAAUACAGCGAACCGUUAUUCGCCUCUAGAGGAAGCCGUGUCGGAGCUGUUUGGUAUUUUAGCGGCGAGUCCUGCCUGGUUAAAUUACACACGCGCUAUAGAUGAUUCUACCGACAACGAACAACGUUUAAUCGCCUCUCUAAUGAUAACAGCACUGAACACGUUACCGAGGAUCGCUUACUAUAUGUCCGCGGACCUGUGGAGGAUCAAUGCCAUCCAGAAAGGAAUUACAAAUUCUGACGAUUUAGUGUCAUCGUGGUGGGAAUAUAGAGCAGAAUACGAAGGCCUUGAUUCGAAAGGGACCAAACUUCCGACGUUUCUUAAUGACGAAUACAUCACCAGCAAUAAACCAUAUCUCCCAAAAAUGGCUGGAACGAUAUUAGCAUUUCAAUUAUACGAAUACCUGAUGAGUUCCACGGAAGUUAGAUACGAUUUGAUCACUGUAAGACCGAUAAAUGUUAAUUUCUUAAAAAUGAUUCAACAAGGAAGUGCCUACGAUUGGAUGAAAGUGACCGAGGAAUAUUUAGAGAUAGAUGAAGUUUCCUCAAGCUCACUGAUCUCGUUCUUUUCACCGUUGGAGGACUUUAUCGACGAGCUGGAUGAGGAUUUCGAGUACAAACCGGUUACUGCCAAAGAGUCGGAAUUAGAGGAACUGGCGAAAAGAAUAAUCGCCGAAGUGAAUGCUCCACCGACGACCACUACUACGACUACUACUACAACAACACCUAGACCUCUGGUCACGAGAACGAAGGCUAACAAACAAAACGAUGGGAGGAGCGAUAUCAACGUUAUAGCUAAUCGGAACAAAAAUUUAACAUCGAAAUCUCCUGCAGCAGAGAGUAAGAUGAGAUCUCCGGAGAAUCGUAAUGUGUUAGAAUCAACGACCUCGGAACCUGAAGCUGAUCCUGUCGAUAAACCACUAAUGAAUGAUAAUUCGGGUGAUGAGAAACCAAAGAUUAAUACUAGUAAAGCGGUGUGGGCCGUGGGCGCGGUGUUGUUAGCAACGAUAGUUAUUUGUAUAAUCGCGAUCUUUGGAAGGCAAAGAUGUCGCAAGACACCAAAAAAUAGACGGUACGUUUAACGGUAUCUUUGAUCAUUAAAAAGAGAAGCAAUUUAUACCAUAUUUAUUCUUGCAUUUAGCUAGUAAUUUUUGCCCGAGUAAGUUAUCGAUACGUUUCACGUAGGGAAACAUUCGCCGAUUCGCGAUAACUAACAUUCUACAUUCCUUGUUGCUCAUUGUGAAAAUAAAAUAGAGGCUAUGCUCGCAGAUACGAUUUUUUGAGCACGUCAGGGAGAAUGUAUUUUAACAAACGAAUUAGCAAUCGAUGAGGAGUAUGAACACGCAGAUAUAUUCGAACCACCGAAUCAGAAUCAUGAAUUACACGAAUUUAUUCAUCUAAUAUUGUUAUUACGCGGAUAUAUUCGAUUCUCCAAAUCGGAAUCAUGAAUUGCAGAAAUUUAUUCAUUUAAUAUUGUUUCUUAGAGCGCAGAAAGCGGUAGUUUUAAAAAUAGUACAACAGUUCCUCUGCAAGUAUGCUAAACUGUAAAAGUGAUGAAGAGAAAUUCAUAAAAAGAUUGUCUGUCCCAAUGAUUUUGUAUAUGUAUGUACUUCAGUAAUAUUUUUACCAAUUCAUGUACUACAAAGAGCAAAACUGAUCCGGUACUCUUUAAAACUGUUCUUUAAUAAUCGAAACAAAUGAUCCAAGCUUUUUUUAGAUACACUAAUUUAAUCUAAAUGAUCAAAUUUUCAUUACAAGCCUAAAUAAGAAAGUUAAAAAAACGACCUUCACAUGUUUCCUCGCCAUUUCUACCAAUCUAACUGCUACAAAAUACUUGGGUCACCGAUAGUUCGAAUAUUAAAGACUUAUUCAGUUUUAAAGGGUUUGGUUCACUUUUGCUCUUUACUGUAUGACUCACGCUUAACUACAAUAGAGAAAAUGAGUGAGUGAGUGAAUGAGUGAGUGAGUGAGAGGGUGUGUUCUGUACUCUGUACAUAAUCGCUUAUGAUAAAAACAUCACACGUAUAAGAAACACAUUGUUUAUCACGUCCGUAAACCAAUUGAGGUCUAACAUAUUUUUUGAACUAUGUAUGUAUAAUACUUAUGUACGUGUAAAUUUCUACCACGCACUGUAUUGAAAAUAUAUAUUUUUUAUAAGAGUAUUUAUAUUGAACAUUGCAAAAUGAAGCAAUAAAAGUACUGUCCUGGUACAUAGCGAAGGACUUUCAAUAUA